AUGGUGGCCUGCACGCGCACCUGCCCUGCCACCUGCCGCUGCAGCAGCACCGACCGUGGGUGCUCCGUGCAUUGCGACCGCGCAGGGCUGCAGCGGGUGCCGCCCGAGUUCCCGUGCGAGGCUGCAGCCAUCGACCUGGACCGCAACGGUCUGCGUUUCCUGGGCGAGCGGGCCUUUGGCACACUGCCUUCGCUGCGCCGCCUGUCGCUGCGUCACAACAACCUGUCCUUCAUCACGCCCGGCGCCUUCAGGGGCCUGCCGCGUCUAGCCGAGCUGCGCCUGGCGCACAACGGCGACCUGCGCUACCUGCACGCGCGGACCUUCGCCACGCUCGGACGCCUGCGCCGCCUCGACCUGGCCUCCUGUCGCCUCUUCAGCGUGCCCGAGCGCCUGCUGGCCGAGCUGCCCGCCCUGCGCGAGCUCACCGCCUUCGACAACCUGUUCCGCCGCGUGCCGGGAGCCCUGCGCGGCCUGGCCAACCUGACGCACGUGCACCUGGAGCGGGGCCGCAUCGAGGCCGUGGCGUCGGGCUCGCUGCUGGGGAUGCAGCGCCUGCGUUCGCUCCGCCUGCAGGGCAACCGCGUGCGCGCAGUGCACGGAGGAGCCUUCCGAGACUGCAGCGCCCUGGAGCACUUGCUGCUCCACGACAACCAGCUGGCCGAACUGCCGCCCGAUGCCUUCCAGGGCUUGCACCGCCUGCGCACCCUCAACCUGGGCGGCAAUGCGCUGGGCCGCGUGCGGCGUGCCUGGUUUGCUGAGCUGGCUGAGCUCGAACUGCUCUACCUGGACCGCAAUCGCAUCGCCUGGGUAGAGGAAGGAGCCUUCCAGAACCUCUCUGGCCUCCUGGCACUGCACCUCAAUGGCAACCGCCUGGCGGUGCUCGCGGGAGCCGCCUUCCAGCCCGGCCUCUUCCUGGGCCGUCUCUUUCUCUUUCGCAAUCCCUGGCGCUGUGACUGCCGCCUGCAGUGGCUGCGGGACUGGCUGCACAGCUCCGGCCGCGUGGCCGACGUGCCCUGCGCCUCCCCGGGCUCCGUGGCCGGCCUGGACCUCAGCCAGGUGGCCUUUGGGCACUCAUCCAGCGGUGUCUGCGAGGACCCCGAGGAACUGAACGCCACUGCUGCACGCGCAAGCCUGUCCCCAGAGCCGGCAACCACCAGUGCAAAAAGCUUCAGCAGUCUCCUCUCCCAACUCCUGUUGCCCCAGGCUGUGGUGGCGGCCACCAAUGCCACCGAGGAGCUGGCCAACGCCUCAUUGUUCCCUGGCCUUCCCUCCUGCGGAUCGCAAGGCUCGGGCCGCAGCCCCGCAUCGCUUCUGGGUUCCAGCCUCCUGCUCAGCGUGACCCAACACAUGGGGUUCAUCCUGCACACACACUGGGCUGGGCUGCAUUGGGGUGGCCCAAAUGCUGUGCCCAGUGGGGGAAAGCUUAGCUGA